GGCUCACUUUCAUUCAAAACCCGCUAGCCCGUGUGCGUGUUGAGUGUUUCAAUUUCAGCAAAAGCUUGAGACAGCAGCCAGAGCGUUGGUCCGCACAGGAAGGCUUGUAUCAAACUCCCACAUUUGCAGCGACAGCAUCAGCAGAGGCAGUAGUUUUUCCCGGAGGGUUAGUGAUUUUCAAAAUCUUUCGAACCAGUGUAGAGCAGUGAAGCAGCAGAGUAUGUGUUGAAAGUGCAUUCCGUGUACGGUGAAGCAAGUGACGCGCUGCAGUGUGUCUUUCCUUUUGCCAAAAAUCUUCAUAAAUAUAUUUAAAAAAACAGAAUUGGAACGUGCAGGUUUUGCUUGUUAACAGUGUGCCGUUUAGUGCGUGUGUCGAGUUUAAUAGUGCCAAGUGACAGUCGUCGUUUUCCGUAGCCUACAACUGUAGUUAGAACAGCGAUCGUAGUGUGCGCCGCUUUGGUGAAAGACAAAAGAAGAACCGAACCACCAGCCUCCCAAAUCAAUCGUCCCGCUGUCGAGAAAACGGCUUGCAACAACAACAACAACAACACGAAAACGCACUCAUAAAAAUGGCCACCGAAACGGAAAACAAGCCUGUCGUAGCCGGUGAGGAGGAGAAGAAGGUGGAACAGCAGGCAGCCGCAGCCACCGCUACCACGGUUGAGGCAGCAACGACGGCAGCCGGAGAUAAGGCUGCGGGCGGUGAAGCAGUGGCCGGUGGUGACACGGCCGAUAAGAAGGCGGAGGAGAAACCCGCCGGUGAGAGUGCAGCGGCGGGCGGCGAAGGUGGCGAUGGGGCGACCAGUUCCGAUGCGACCGCAGCCACCGCCCCGGCCAAGAAGGAGAAGGAAGUGAAGCCUACCGUGCACAAGGUGAACUUCGAGAAGGAUGUGGUGUAUCUGUACCAGUUCACCCGUACACCGAUGCUACCGUCGAUUUCGCCCUUCUGCCUGAAGGUGGAGACCUGGUUGCGCCUGGCAGGAUUGAAAUAUGAGAACAUUGACCAUAAGCUGAAGCUGCGCUCGAAGAAGGGACAGCUGCCUUUCGUCGAAGUCAAUGGCGAGGAAAUCGCAGACUCGACCAUCAUCAUGCAGGAGCUGGCGACACGCUACGACAAGGACCUGGACGCCGCCCUGACCCAGGAGCAGCGCAACAUUGCCCACGCGAUGAUUUCGAUGCUGGAGAACCAUCUCGUCUGGGUGGUGCUGUCGUGGCGCAGCAAGAACACCGAACAGAUGCUCAAGGGUUACAAAAUCAACCUCCAGCAUGCCCUCGGAAGUCGUCUGCCGAACGCUUUGCUGAACUUUUUCUUCAAGUUCCAGUUCAGCCGCAAGUGUUUCCAGGGUGCUAAAAAGGUGAAAGCUCAAGGCCUGGGUGUCCAUAAGCCCGAGGAGGUCGAGGAAUUCGGUCGCAAGGAUCUGAAGGUGCUGUCUGAGCUGCUGGCCGAUAAGCCAUUCUUCUUCGGCGACGAACCCACCACGCUGGAUUGUGUUGCAUUCUCCGUCUUGGCACAAAUCCAUUUCAUCCUGGACGAAGUCAAGUACGGUCUGAAGGAGUUCAUGCAGGAGAACUGCCCGAAUCUGGUGGGACACGUUUCGCGGAUCAAGGAGCGUUGCUUCCCAGACUGGGAGGAUAUCUGCACCAAGCUGGAUCUGAACGCACACAUCCCAAAACCAGAACCUGAAACAAAGGAAAACAAGGAAGGUGCUGAUACGGAAAAGACCGCCGAACAGGAUAAGAACGAGUCGGAAAAGGAACUCGAGAAAGAUAACUCGAACGAGAAGUCCGAAAAGAAGGAGGAACCCGAGAAGGUGGUGGAAGAAAAUAAAGAAAAAGAAGAGGCAGCCGCCAAAUAAGGUGUGGACCGCAAUGAUCCGGUUCGGCCGCCGUGUGCAGCAGCAGCAGCAAAGGAAGCAUUAUGCUUUUUACACUAUUCUACUGAUGCCGUCAACUGCCAAUAACCAGUGUGACGUGCCCGAAACAUCCACCAGCUUCUCUUCUCGCUAGGAGAAGCCGAUCAAAUUCCACCUACUCUUUAUGCAAGGAUAUAUUAUUUUGUAGAAAAAAAAGGGAAGGAAAAUCAUACCGAAAUACACACGUGCGAAGUUACAGCCUGCCAUCAGCGAUGUAUAGUGGGUGGUUUAGGAGCGAGGGUUUAGUCUUUUUCUUUUGCGUAACGUGCAGGAAGGCGUGUACGGGAAUGUUUCAUUUUCCUUGUCGUUUGUUUAUUCGAUAUUUGGCGUUUUUGUCCUUUUUCCGUUUUAUAUAAAAUUGUUUUUUUCGUAUGUUGAUAGUUUCUCAUCGCAUGCAGAUAAAUUUUUCGCACUAUACUUUACCUUUUUACCGGGAUAGCAUAAAGAGAUGGAGGAGUAUAUUAAUUGAAUAUUAUAUAGAAAAGAUAAAAUUAAACAAAAUCAGAAAAGCAGAAAGAUUAAUACGACAUAAGUGUGCGGAACAGAUGUGAAGACCAAAAUGAAAAUGGACGCAUCGCAAAGAGAAAGAGGUGGGAGGGGGGAAAAAGGCAAUCCAAUAUGGAUGCACUGUUUAGACGAGAAUGUGCCAGCAUGAUGAUGAUAACCACAGGAAGGGAAACAAACAAAAAAAAGGGGACAUAAGCGAUAAACAGGAAAGGGGGGGGAGAAGAGCGCGAGAAUAGAAAAAAAAACGUGGAAAACGGAGUUCAGACAUGACAAAAGAAGAAAAGGAAGAAGAAACAGCAGCGUUUGCGAAAUUGGAAAACCCGUAAACGGAAAUGGCCACUGCCGAGUAGUGUUUUGCGUUUCGCGCGCGAAAGUUGCCUCCUUCCCGGCAAAACAAAACAAAACAAAAAAAAAGAAAAAAAUAAAUAGAAAUUACUCGUAUUAAGUAAAACGGAAAAUAAUUAAAGCAAACACACACACGCUAAAGAUGUAAUGAAGAGGUACAUGAGAGAUGGAGUGACGCACCGGAGGAAGUGGUAUAAUAGUUGCAUUAAACAACAGCAGGUAAAAGGGAACACCCAAAAACCAAACGCGUGCAAAGGAUGAAAAGAAUGAAGGAAAGGGAGUGGGCGGCGUCAAAACAGGAAUAGAUAUGCAUACAAUACUCAAAAACUUUUCAUUUGUGUAAAGAUUUUUUGCAGGCGUAACAUAAGUGGUAGACUCAAAGAAGCAAAAGUAGGUAAUGAAAAACGAACAAACAGUAACAAACAAACAAACAAAAAAAAAGUCAAAUAAACCUUUCGUCUGUUCAGUAUUUUCGCUGAACAGAAAACGACAACUAUUGCGACGAACGAUGAUGAGUCCCGGGGCUUAUGGGGUUGUUGCGUGACGCUGUUAAUGGACGAUUGGAAUGGAGAAAGUGCGAGAAAAGGGAAUAGUUGGCUAGCUACUCGAAUCGUGUGUGUAUGUGUGUAUGUGCGCGCAAUCUGGUUUUUUGUGCUGUUGCAAUUGUUCGUUUUCAUUUUAGCUUCGCGAGAUGAAUCUCUUAUUGUAGUAUUCGAGUUGCUUUUUUUUAAAGCUGCUUAGCGAGGAUACAUAGUCAGGUCAUACAGUGGCAUCCGAUGCCUCGUGUAUUGCACAAUAUUUUUUUGUAUUGUUCCCCUACUGGUUCCCCUUAUCUCCUCCGCGCUCCAUCUCUCACUCUUCUGAGCUUCAUGUGCAAAACGAAGGAUUUAGGAAGGAAUGCAGGAAACGCAUGAUUAAUGCGUGCGAGCGAACGAUAUUAGUAAUUGUACAAUUGCUAUUGAAUAUUUUUAUAUUUUUCUUAUAUAUUUUAUAUUUAUAGUACUUUUAUGCAACAGACACAUACACACUCACAUUCAUACAUACACACACACACAUGAACAAACAUAAAGAACGAAAAGGUAAUGUAUAAUAAACGAAAAUAUCUCUCCCGUUUACUCAUUAUGCUUGUUUUUGUACGACAGUACGAUGUUUAGUAUGCAUCACCACAUACACACCAGGUGGUGGGCAGAAUGUGACUAAUUGUUGGUAAAAGUUUGCGAACGGAAAUGUGGAAAAAUCGCGUACUAAGCAGUUAUAUGUGAGUGUUAUAAACUCAGACUAAACGGAGAUGAGAAUAUUGAGGUUUUUUCAUUAGCCUUUUCGUGUUUUAUGCGCUGCGGAAUAGUAAUCGAAUCUUCUCAACUUGCUUUUGUUGUCGUCUUACUUUUAUUUGUUUUUUUUUUUGUUUUCUCUUUCCGGGUUAGUAACUGGUAACCUUACCUGCAAGCCCCUAUUAUGAUGAAACAGUUGCAAUUUACAUUAGUUCUGUUUAAGUUAAGCGCAACGGACAGAAUGUGAAUGAAUGGUAGCUUAAUGUUUGCUCUAUCGUUUUUAGUCUAUAAUUUUCUGUGCUUUUUCCAAACAAAACAAUAUGUAGUAUGUACCAUUUUUUGUAAGCUGUGUGGACGAAUGAGUGGGCGGUUAGGUAUUUUGUGCGAUAAAUAUUAAAUCUUUUUGUAAAUUUAUAUGAGCCAGAAUAUGUUAAAUGUACGCUGAGAUUCUUCAAACAGUUAGUCAGACAGUGGGUUAGGAAGAUCGUUAGAUCGUUAGUGCGAUGAAGCGGGGCUGAUGAUGUUGGCAUAUAGUAGCGGAGAAGGGAAGGUUUGCGGGAUGUUCUUGUCUCGUGGCUAAAGCAAAAAAAAAAAAAUGGAAACAAACCCACGUAAAAAAACGCGAUGAAAAUCUCUUGCAAUGCAGGGAUUGUAUUACAGCGCGCCAUCAGGAAUUUUUCGAUGAAACGAUAAAAUCAUAAAGAAUAAAUCAAACACUCAACUCAUACGUUCGCUCUCUCCCCAAAAAUAGUAAAAUAAACCCCCCAAAUACACAUUUCGAAUUUCAACUAGAAUGAUCGUGCAGAUUUGAAACUGUAGAAAAAAAAACAUCGCCAAAUCCACUGAUCAUCACAGCAUCCCCAGCAACAACUUUAUAUAUAAAGAAAAACAAAUGCAUACAUACUACCACGUACAUAAAACAUUCAAACAUACAUCCAUAUAAAUGCGUACAUUUAGGCGUAACUAUUUGGUGAACAGCAUCCAAUAAAGGAAAGGGAAAAAUGGAAGGAAAUAAAUUGAUAUGAACCACGACAACAGUUCAAA